AUGACUUCGGUGUCUGCUACUCUUCGCGAAACCAGGGCUUCAAGUGAAGAUCGACAGGAGGCUCGUGAUAUGAAUGUUGAGAAGCCUACCCUCCGUGAAUCGUGGGACGUGAUCAUGAAGACGGUGGAUACACUCGAUGAUGACUUGGUGAAGGGAUACAAGGAAGAUAUUGAUACUCUUUUGGUUUUCGCUGGUUUAUUCUCAGCAGUCGUGACAGCCUUCACAGUAGAAUCUUAUCAAUGGCUACAAGAAGAUACUCUCGAUAAGAGCGUCGCGCUCCUCACACAGAUCGCACAACAAAUGAGCAACCCCGGUCAGACGUCACCUUCACCCACGCCGUUCGCUCCCUCGUCCUCGGCUGUGCGAAUCAAUACAUUUUGGUUCCUUAGCCUCACGCUUGCGCUCGUUGAUGCUCUGUUCGGACUCCUCUGUAAACAGUGGGUUCGUGAGUAUCAACGAAAAACAAACACAAAGACUCCCGGUCAGGCGUUGGCGCUCCGUUGGCUCCGUUACCAGAGUUUCGAACGGUGGCACGUUCCCAAAAUUCUCGCAUCUCUUCCAAUCCUACUCGAAGUCGCUCUAUUCCUCUUCCUUGCCGGACUAUUGGAGUUGUUGUGGUCUCAACACCAUAUCCCGUUUUCAAUUGCUCUAGCUGUCAUCGGGCCUGCUGUUUUGUUUUACCUCAUAACAACUAUACUUCCUGGCUUGAGGACUAUUCACCAAGCCCUCCGGAUACAUCCCUACUUCGCAUGUGACAAGAAGGAGCUUUACCCAAUGCUCAUUGCUCACCUGCCGCUAAUCGACUUCAUCUGCCCAUACAAAUCCCCUCAAUCAUGGCUUUCAUUCCGCGUUUUCUCAGCCAUUUACUAUCUUCCAGGCUGUAGAUGGCUCCUCCACUAUUUUCUUGUCAAGGUCAAUCGAUACUGGUAUCCUGACUGGGAUCUCAACUUCGAAGACUUGGAUCGUCGUAUCAAAAAGGACGUCCUACACCUGUCCAGUUGGUCGUCGCUCGAUGUGGAUGUGAUUCAACGUUUCUCAAGUAUUAAAAGAUGUCCUGAUCUCUACGCAUUGAAGGGUCUUCGAUGGCUAGUCGAGGAAACCCGAGAUACCCCAUCUAUGGUUCCUCACCUAAAGAAUGUACUGGCAGUGCUCGAUCCACAUUCGGUCAUGCCCGCGAUCUUUGAUCGCUGGGACUCACCCUACCAAAAAGCUAUGUGGAAUGUGUUCGACGUCUACGCCGCACUGGAGUCUUCUCCUGGCUAUAACGAAAAUUCAGGUUUAUUCGAUGACCAAUCAUCAUUCCACAAUUCAGUUAUAGUUUCUCGGACAUUAUGCUUCCAAUACUGUUUGAAUACCUUUGAUGGUUCUUGGGAGGUUUGGGAUUCCAGUAAAUUCAUGCAUUUUGUUUAA